UUUGAAUAUUUUUUGUGAGCUCUGUGGGACCGGGAACAGUGGAGGGAAACGCUCUAUACUAUUACUUUUAUUAUUAGUUCACUCAUGUCUGUGGGACUAGAACCCAACUUCUCCAGUGAUGAAGUAUUUAUCAGCCGGUUUCCCGUCCAUCGCGCCUGUCGGGAUGGAGAUGUCGGAGCUUUGGUCUCACUGUUACAGGAGCUCUCAAACCAGGCUCAUCUGACUGCUGAGGACUCCUGCUACGGAUGGACCCCCAUACACUGGGCUACUCACUAUGGACAGUUAGACUGUGUGGUGCACCUGGUACAGAUGGGUUGUGAGGUGAACACGACGACCAGCCGCUUCAACCAGACCCCAUCACACACUGCGGCAUUUGGAGGACAACCUCACUGUCUGGUGUGGUUGACUCAGGCUGGAGCAGAUGUCAACAGACAGGACUUUGUAGGUGAGGCUCCCAUCCACAAGGCAGCUCGAUCAGGUAGUUUGGAGUGUAUCCAGGUUCUGUUGAUAGCAGGUGCUAAACCACAUUUAAGAAACACCAGUGGGCAAACAGCAGCAGACCUGGCCCACGCUCACGGCUUCCUCGACUGUUUCCGCUUCAUUUCCAACGCCCAGAAGCACCUGCUACAGCUCGGCGGACUCCAUGUGAAUGGAGAGCAGAAUGGAAAUGCCCCUUACAGUCAGAGAGCCCUGAGCAGAAAGAGGCAGCUGACUGCCAUGGACAGCAUUCACAUGAAGAAAGCCAGGAAAGCCGAGAAUGAUUUGGUGCAGAUGCACAGCAGUGCAGGUGAAGAGGAGGAGGAGGAGGAGAGCAUGACCGCAGAGUCUGUACAGGAGCGUAACUUAGCAGAUGACACCGAAGCUAUUGCCAACAGCCAUCGUUACACACUGCCUUAUGCUGCCCAGGAUCACACUGAGCAACACAAAAUCCUCUCUUUGCCGUCCCCCUCUCCAGCCAGUCAGCACGCAGCAGCAGUGCCUGCACAGCACUCCUCAGCUGACAUGUGUGGGUCCUUGCAUCUGAGCAGCAGUCCCAGCAGCUGUGUGUCCCACCGGCCAGCCUGGUGGGGGCCAAUAGGAUCAGACUGCGGGAGUCCCCUGCAUUACGGACACUACCACGGCUUUGGGGACACGGCGGAGGAGCUGGGCGACAGCAGCUGCCUCAAGUAUAGCAGCAGCAUCCAGGCUGAGCACAGAUACAUGCAGGCUGUGGCCAGCACCGUCCACCUCCAGCACAGCUCCUAAACACAGGGUUAACUGCCACAGCCAGCCUCCUUCAUAUGCUUUCUCUUCACUUUAAAGAAACACAUUAUGGGAAAUAAUCAUUUCCUGGCCUGCUGCUGACUGGUUUGCGCUAUCAAGGGCUGUUGGGUUACGUGUGGCCUGACCUGCUGUCCAUCAAGGUGGAGGAACAACUGCACUGAGACUUAAAACUCCUUAGUAGCCUUGAUCUACCAAAGAGGAUAUCUUAUUGGUUUGUGCACUUUUAAUUUGAAAUCUCUUGUUUUAGAGCAGGCGACUGUCAUUUUUCAGAGCUGUACUGUAAUUUUAUAAAGCAUACUUGAGAUGUUUGGGGAAUCUUUAAUUAUUGUAAUAUAUGGAGAGUGCGCUGAAAACAUGCUGUCUCUUGUUGUAAACACUAUGUGCACUGUGUGCCAGGUAGGCACUGCUGCUUCAGACAGCAGUUUUAUAAUAUUUUGGGUUUGCCUCUUUUCCUAUUAAAACCUGUUUUACAGUUUUAUAGAAAUGGUAAAAAGGGAUGUCUUUGUUGUUGGGCUGGGUUUCUAUCUUUUCACUUGUAUGUUGGGGGAAUAAAAAGUUCUUCAGCUAUAUAGUUUUAACAGACAGAAUUA